GGCAGCGAGCAAUCACACAAUAACUUACCAGGCCUCAGGCUGGCAGUGAUGUCGAUGGCCCCCGGCUAUAAGCACAGCACGCGAAACCUUCCCUAUCCUCCCAAUCCCUUCUCAGGCUCAUUCUCCCCAUGACAUCGAUACCCGUACCAGAAUCUUCACCGAUCUCCACUCAUGUCAAGGCUACACCUUCAUCACCUACUGUGGCAAAAAGCCUGGUCAAGGGCAACACUGCGAUCUCGGAUUCCGACUGGGAUGGGUUCCUUAGCAGGCCGAGGAAACCCCCAGGUUCAUUUACCACGGCCGAAUACUACUGGCGUGACCGCCAGAGAUGGCUGAAGGAAUGCGGCUUCCUGCUGCGUCCCCGCUAUAAUCCUGACUGGAAACCGUCAUGGGUCGGCACCGACAAGGACUGGUACACAUGUGAAGACAGCCUUAUUCCACUAGGGAGGGGUCAUGUCUUGGAUGCGACUCGCAUCUCGGACGGUAAACUGGUUGUCCUAAAGAAGAUCUCACAUGAAGCGCAUCCGACCGAAGCGGAGAUUGGCCAAUUAUUGUCAUCGGAGCCUCUUGCGUCUGACCCUGCCAACAAUUGCGUCCCUAUUCUCGGCGUCCUCAGUGAUCCUCAAGACAAAGAUAUACAGCUCAUCAUCAUGCCAAUGCUACGAAGGUGCUUCAGUCCGCAAUUCCAGACAGUUGGCGAAGCGCUUGAAUUUUUCCGACAAGCACUUGUGGGUCUGCGAUUCAUGCACAGACAUAACAUUGCUCAUAGAGAUGCGACGAUCCUGAAUAUCAUGAUGGACCCUACACCAGUGUUUCCCGAAAUGUUUCACUAUGCAUCUGAAUUGUACAAUCGCGACCGCACUGGCCCUGCCAAAUGCUUCGCACGCACGGAACGUCCGCCAAAAUACUUCUGGACAGACUUUGGUCUGUCGGUGAAGUAUGAUCUAGAGUCGGAGACAGCCCCUCGUCUGGAGCUACCUAUUAUGGGCGGCGAUAAGAGUGCGCCAGAACACCAAGGAGAACUGUAUCAUGUCCCCUGUGACCCAAUUCCUACGGACGUAUACUACGUCGGCAAUUUGAUGCGAGAGUAUUUCGUACAGAAGUACACAAACCUUGAGAUCAUGCGGCCAUUAGUCGACGACAUGGUCCGUGAUGUCCCCGCAGAGCGACCGACGAUGGAUGAGGUCGUGGAGCGUUUCGAGGUGAUUUGCAAGAAGCUGCACUGGUGGAACUUACGCGCCCGGCUAGUGCGCCGUAGCGAAUGGUACAUCGUUCGAUUCGUAUUGGGCAUCGGACAUGUUGUUCGCACCGCUCGUUACGUAGUCAAAGGACUCCCAGCUGUGCCCGUCCCGCCGUCGACGUGAUCAUCAGUAAAUUGCAUUCCUUAGGAUACUACAUUUCUCUAGCUGUCUCGCUAUCAGUCUUGCUAUGCUUGUUGUCGUCGC